AUGGCGCAGCUGAUCUCCUCGUGCACAAGGGCCGUUGCCUCGCGCACCUCGGCCAAGGCAGGUCUGACGCAGUCGGUACGUUUGCCCGUUCGCUUUGCAUCGACGCGCGCGCAGACGAAAGCGACGUCUCCACUAACGUCGCGCACCUCGGCUGUCGCAGCGACGGCCAUCGCACUGGGCUCCGUGAUGUGGUACCAGCAGAUGUACGGUGAAUGGCCAUUCAUGGAGUCGCUGAGUGCCAACUUGUCUGACGAGGGUCUGCACCCACCAGCGUACCCAUGGGAGCACAACAAGUGGUUCAAGACAUUUGACCAUGCAGCGAUCCGCCGUGGUUUCCAGGUGUACCAAGAGGUGUGCAGUACAUGCCAUUCGCUUGAGCGCAUUGCGUGGCGCAACCUUGUGGGCGUGUCGCACACGGUUGAUGAAGUGAAGGCUAUGGCCCAGGACGUCGAAUAUGAAGACGGGCCAAAUGACAAUGGCGAGAUGUUCCAGCGCCCAGGUAAGCUGGCCGACUACAUGCCAAGCCCGUACCCGAAUGAAGAAGCAGCACGCGCUGGUAACGCUGGUGCGCUCCCGCCGGAUCUUAGCUUGAUUGUUAAGGCGCGCCACGGAGGUGCCGACUACAUCUUCUCGCUGCUGACGGGCUACUGCGACCCGCCAGCUGGUGUCACGGUGCAGGAAGGAUUGAACUACAACCCCUUCUUCCCUGGUACACAGAUUGCCAUGGCACGUGUUCUAUUUGACGACCUUGUUGAGUACGAAGACGGCACUCCUGCAACGACGAGCCAGAUGGCCAAGGACGUCGUGACGUUCCUUCACUUUGCGGCUGAGCCGGAGCACGACCAACGGAAGCGCGCUGGCUUCAAGGCACUGAUCCUGCUUUCGUCCCUGUUUGCCCUGUCGGUCUGGGCGAAGCGCUUCAAGUGGGCGCCGAUUAUGACCCGCAAGAUUGUGUACGACCCACCGAAGGGCCACCACCACUAG